GUAAAAAGUGUGCUGACGACGGGCAGUGUUUAUCUUGUUUGUGGACCGUAUUUGGUAGUCAUCUUCUCUCUUUUUGCAUGAGUUUGUAAGCCAAGCCUCUCCGAUGCUUCACACGGAGUCAGUCGUGGUAAAAAUGCCCAUAGCAUCUGGGUCAUUACCAAUAGAUCCAGCUGCUAUGAUCAACAAGUAUCGAACCAAUGUUUCUAUACUGGCAGACACAAGAGCAGCUGAUGAUAACCGACUGAAGGCAGCACAGGAGAUAAGUGAAAACUUUGAGGUGAUUUUAUCUUCAUCUCAGAAUGGAGCCUUCUUGGAGAAUGCAAUCCCGCUAUUCUUGAAGGUUCUUAAAGAUGAGAAACCAUUCUUCAUUGCAGAGAAGGCUCAGCAGCAUUUACGUAAGUUACUGUUGGAGCUGCUACAUCGUAUGCCAACUAAUGAAACACUACGGCCUUAUGUUCCUGCAAUCUUGGACCUCAUGUUCUCACUGCUUGAGAGAGAGAAUGAAGAGAAUGUACUGGUUGCUCUACGUAUCGUUAUUGAGUUACAUAAACAUUACAGACCACCACUCCAACCAGAGAUUCAUAGCUUCUUGCAGUUUGUGAAGAACAAGUACAAAGAGAUCCCCACAAACCUGCAGAAGAGUCUUGAUCCUGGUAGUGGGGUUGCUCCACCAGAUCCUGCCAAUAUCCUUCCAUUUGUAGAUCGACCGGGCUUUGCUUGUCAGACUAUUAUCACAGUAACACAACCAGAUGGAACCAAAAGCCAACAAACAAUUCUACCCAAGGGGAUCAAUUCGUUGAAGGUUCUUGCUGAAUAUCCGAUGAUUGUGUUGUUAAUGUAUCAACUCUACAAGCCAAGUGUUCAUGCUGUAGUGACUGAAUUCAUUCCACUUGUUAUGAAUACUAUAACAAUCCAACCCAAUACACAAGCAAGGCUUUCCCCAACUUUCAACAAAGAGAUGUAUGUUGACUUCAUAGCAGCACAAAUCAAGACACUGUCAUUCUUAGCCUACAUCUUGAGGAUAUACCAGGAGACGGUGAACUCGUACGCCCCUCAGCUGGUCAAGGGUAUGCUGGGAUUAUUCACGAACUGUCCCAGUGAGGUUGCACACCUCAGAAAAGAACUCUUGAUUGCAGCUCGACACAUACUAGCAACUGACCUCAGAAACAAGUUUGUUCCAACUAUUGAUAAGCUGUUUGAUGAAGCUACUUUGGUUGGUAGUGGUUGGACCAGUAAAGAAUCUCUCAGACCAUUAGCUUACAGCACCUUGGCGGAUCUUGUACAUCACCUACGCCAGCACCUACCAGUACAACACCUGUCUUUGGCUGUACAUUUAUUCUCUAAGAACGUUCAUGAUGAAUCUCUACCAUGUAAUAUUCAAACUGUGUCAUGCAAGAUACUACUCAAUUUAGUUGAGUGUAUACGUCAGAAGAGUGAACAAGAUGGUGCUAAUGCUCGUGAGAUCUUAAUGCAUAUGCUGGAAGUGUUUGUUCUCAAAUUCAAGACUAUCUCAGAAAACCAGCUGCCAGUCAUAUUCCAGAAAUGUCGUCAAACUCAAGAGACUAGUCAAGAAAAAUCCACAUCCUUCCAAUCCCACACCGUCGUUCCAUUUGCCUCUAAACCUCCACCUCUUACUAUCAACAUCCAGCCAACUCCAUCAACACCUAUUACUCCUGGACCAACUACCCCAGCUCUAUUACCCCCACCACCUACGCCUUCUGUAGUACCCCAGACACCCACGGUACCCCAAACACCCACCGUACCCAGUACCCCAGGGGUGCAACCUCUAAGUGCUAUCUUCCCCGAGAAGGAUAAGGAUGAUAACAAAACUAAGACCUAUGUACCAUCAAGCUUCUCUCAGUACAGUAAUUACUCAGUGACUGACUGUAGACACUUAGUAAAGACUGUGGUAUGUGGAGUCAAAACCAUCACAUGGGGUGUAAGCUCAUGUAAGAUAACCAAUGAGUCACAGAACUUUGGCCAGAACAAGCAAUUCCAACCCAAGGAAACCGCAGUCUUUGUUGAUCUAGUGAAGUAUGCUAUGAAAGCUCUAGACAUCUAUCAGAUUCAGAUUGGUACUAAUGGGCAGACUACCAUCAGACCACCAGCAAUGCAAGGAGUACGCAUCAAGGAUGAGAAAGAAGUUCUAGAACACUUUGCUGGAGUGUUUACCAUGAUGCAUCACUUGACAUUCCGUGAGAUCUUUCAGACGACGAUUGAGUUCUUUGUGGAUAGAAUAUAUCACAAUUAUGCACUGCAGAUCAUUGCCAAUUCAUUCUUGGCUAACCCAGCAACGUCAGCAACAUUUGCUACCAUCUUGGUGGAAUAUUUACUGGAACGUAUGGAAGAAAUGGGAACUAACAUGGAUAGAUCCAACCUGUAUCUGAAACUGUUCAAACUGGUCUUUGGUUCUGUAUCUCUAUUUGCUGCUGAGAAUGAACAGAUGUUAAAGCCACAUCUACACAAGAUUGUCAAUCGCUCCAUGGAACUUGCUACUACAGCAAAAGAGCCUUAUAACUACUUCCUACUAUUGAGGGCGCUGUUUAGAUCCAUUGGUGGAGGGAGCCAUGAUUUGCUGUAUCAGGAGUUUCUACCAUUACUGCCUGACCUACUACAAGGAUUGAACCAACUACAGAGUGGACUACACAAGCAGCAUAUGAAGGAUUUAUUUGUAGAGUUAUGCUUGACUGUACCAGUGCGUCUAAGUUCACUCUUACCUUACCUACCUAUGCUAAUGGAUCCUUUAGUAUCAGCUCUUAAUGGAUCUCAAACCCUAGUCAGCCAGGGUUUACGAACACUGGAGCUAUGCGUUGACAAUCUACAGCCUGACUUCUUAUAUGAACACAUCCAACCAGUCAGAGCAGAACUUAUGCAGGCUCUAUGGAGAACCCUCCGUAAUCGCAAUGACAACAUCGCUCAUGUUGCAUUCCGUGUUUUGGGAAAGUUUGGAGGUGGGAAUCGCAAGAUGCUGAAGGAACCACAAAGGCUAAUGUAUAAGGAAGAUGAUUCUGAAGGCCCAUGUAUUACUGUGUACUUCCCUGAACACAAGACGCCAAUACAACUACCAGUCAGUAAGGUUAUGGAUACAGCAUUGAACAAACUGAAAUCACCCAAUACAGAGCCGUACUAUCGAAGGAAAGCUUUUGAUGUUGUACGUCAUUUCAUUAUUAGUAUGAUGAAUCUAGAUGACGAUAAACAGGCAGUACAUCAACUUCUGACUCAUUCCAGCAUGGUGAAUGGUGACAUUCCUCGCACACAGGGACAUGUGUACAAAUGUCAAAAUACACUGUCAAGGAAUGCUCUACAACAUGCACUCACUGCAAUGAUUGUAUCAGCAGCAAUCAAGGAUCUACGAGGUGAAUCUGUAUCCUUUAUGCUCAAUGUUGUUAGACAUUACACCUUGGUAGCUGUGGUCCAACAAGCAGGUCCUCUGCCGAUAUCUAAUCGUAAGAAUCAGAAUGGAAUGGAUGCGCUUGUACUAAUGGAUGCUAUAGCUGCAUGUAUGGCCUAUGAAGAGAAGGAGUUAUGUAAGACUGGACAUCUAGCCAUGACGUUUGUUGUAGAGACCGCUGCUGUCGUCAUGGGCUCAAAGUUCAGGGCAUGCCAGCUGCCAUUAUUUGAAUACAUGGCUGAACGCAUGUGUGGUUGCUGUUACGAGAGAGCUUGGUACGCUAAGCUUGGUGGUUGUAUUGCCAUUAAGUUCAUGAUGGAGCGGAUGGAUCUAUGCUGGGUGCAAGCUCAUCUCUAUCAAUUCCUCAAGGCACUACUCUUUGUUAUGAUGGAUCUCACUGGAGAGGUCUCUAGUGGAGCUCUUGAUAUGGCUAAGACUAACUUGGAGAACCUGCUGAAUCUAUGCGCUAGUCCAUUAGAAGGAGAGAAUAGUGAUAAUGCUAAGCUGAGUGUAGCUCAACAGAAAGCAUUUCAUGAUGUAACUAGAGAACUAGUGAGAGAGGUUACCUCACCCAAUGAGACGGUCAGACACCAGGCAAUGGAUUCUCUUGGAUCUCUGGCUAAAAUUACAGGCAAGAGAGUAACAGAGAUAAUGGAGCCACAUCGAGAAGUCUUAGCAGAUAUGAUCCCACCUAAGAAACAUCUAUUGAGACAUCAACCUGCUAAUGCACAGAGAGGUUUAAUGGAGAGUAAUACAUUCUGUACUACACUAGAACCUAGACUCUUCACUAUGGAUCUUAGUAUAGCGGAGCAUAAGGUGUUCUAUAUGGAGUUGGUGAAUCUUUGUGAAGUUGAGGACGCAACGUUGGCAAAGUUGCCGUGUUACAAGAACGUCCCGUCACUAGUUCCUCUUCGUAUCAGUGCACUGAAUGCCCUAGCUGCCUGCCAUUACAUCUCACCAGUACGAGAUAAGAUCUUCAAGGUGCUAUAUAACUUCCUAAUGUCCAAAGUACCAGAGCUUCAGAAAGCUGGUGCAGAAUGUAUGAAGAAGUUUAUAGCCGGCCAUGCAGUAGACAUGGAGUUAGUUCAUACUACAGUACGCCCAUUACUACUCAAACUGGGAGAUCAUCGUACGUUGAAUCUUAAUGUCAUCCAGAGAAUACAUAGCCUAACUCAACUCUUCCCUAAUGCUUUCAAUGAAAAGCUGUGUGAACAGAUGCUGACGCAUCUUAAGAAGUGGAUGGAGGUUUCCAUUGCUGCACAGCGCAGUAAUACAAGCAUCCAAACCAAGGCUACGGAGAGUAUUAAGAUCUGCUCAGCUAUUAUUAACAUCUUCCAUGCUAUACCAGCUGCAUCAGCUAAACUACUAGAUGCUCUGGUUACACUCACAAUCAAAGCAGAAAAUGCUCUGUGCAUUGAGGUUGGUAGUCCAUUCCGUGAACCACUGAUGUUAUACCUACUAAGGUAUCCAAGUCAAACUAUUGACUUCUUCCUGACAGAGACCAACCUACGUAACAACCAGUUCAGUAGCCUACUAGCAUACCUAUUGAAACAAGAUGGUGCCAAGUUAUUGAGAGAUGUGUUACAGACUAACACUAUUAAACUCAUCAAUCUAGCUUUCAACAAACCACAGCCUAGUGCCAGACCUACCAGUCCAAACAGUCAAGCUAAGCUAGAGCUCCAAUACCAAACCAUCUUAAUCUGCAGCAUUCUAGCUAAGCAUGAUCCAACAUGGCUGCCUCAGAAAUCUGUUUUGUUUGGUCACUUACGACGAAUCUGGAUUUCUGAUGCAUUUCAAGACCAGCAUCAUACGGAUAAUGUAGGAGUAGCACAUUGGAAUGAGCCCAAGUUGCUGGUUGAAUGCCUCCUUAACUUUGCUGAACACCAUGCAACCAAUGUGGAGUUGUUAUUCCAGUUACUGCGUGUCUUCACCAGUAGAUAUCUACCCAACUUUCAGUUCUUAAGAGACUUUCUUGAAGAGAAAGUUGCUCAGGGGUACACAGUGGAGCAGAAGCGUCAUGUAUUCUUCAAGUUUGUGGAGUUAUUUCAUGACAAGGUUUUCCCUCAGGACCUGAAGGCUAAAGCUUUACAGUUUGUCAUUAUUCCUAUGUUUGCUGCAUCAUUCGACAAGGGUGAAGGUGAAAAGUUGAUUGGAGGUCCACCUAACCCAGGGCAGGAUAGUGCUGAUAAUCUAGUGAGUGUCUUCAUCAGUAAGGUGAUUGAUCCUGAUAACCCAUAUAGGACAUCUGACUCUGUGCGUAUUCUACUGCUACAGUUUGCUGCUCUAUUGGUAGAGAAAGCAGCACCUCACAUCCAUGAUGCAGCAGAUAAGAAACAAGGUACUAAACUACGACGUCUGAUGACAUUUGCCUGGCCUUGUCUGAUACAGAAGAACUGUGUAGACCCAACUACAAAGUAUCAUGGGCAUCUUCUCUUAUCCCAUAAUAUUGCAAAGUUUGCAAUCCACAAGAGAAUAGUACUACAGGUUUUCCAUAGCUUGUUAAAAGCUCAUGCUGUUGAAGCUCGUACUGUUGUACGUCAAGCCUUGGACAUUCUAACGCCAGUAUUACCACAUCGUAUGGAAGACGGCUAUGCUAUGCUGACCCACUGGACUAAGAAGAUCAUUGUGGAAGAGGGAUACACAGUCUUUCAGUUGGUACACAUGCUUACACUACUUGUUCGACACUACAAAGUGUACUACCCAGUGAGACAUCACCUGAUUCAGACAAUGGUAUAUUCCAUUCAGAGACUGGGUAGCACACCAAGCUCUACCAUAGAGCACAGGAAACUGGUUGUUGACCUGGUUGAAGUCAUUAUCAAAUGGGAGGUUCAACGAAUCAAAGAAGAUGACACUGUAGUAGAGUAUCAGUGUACAUCAUCUGAUGAGAUUAGUAAUGUGACUACACCAGGAGGUUUAAAGAGAGCUGCGUCUACUGAUCAUCAACCUGAUCCUAAACGAGCCAGACAUUCAUCAGGAACAAGUGUUCGCAGCAUUUCCUCCGAAGCCAGUAAACCGAUCGACAAGAUUUAUUCUGAUGCUGUAGUAAACUUCUUGCUGCGUGUAGCGUGUCAAGUAAUUGAGCUAGGAACAACGAGUGCAGGUUCACCAGGCGAGUUACUGUCACGUCGUUGUAUAGCGCUACUCAAAAUAGCACUCAGGACCGACGUAUGGCCAACUAGUGAACUUAGACUCAACUUUAUGGACAAGUUAUUCUUAUCUGUGGACCAACCAGCUCAAGCUAACUUUGGUAAUAUAUGCGCUGGUUUAGAUGUACUCAACUUCCUCUUGGCAGUAAUGACGAAGCAGUUGAUCCUGACGAGUUUGAAGCCAUUGCAGCGAGGUGUAGCUGCAUGUUUAACCUGUGCUAAUACUAAGGUUAUUCGAUCUGUACAUGCUCUGCUUGUCAAACUCAUGAACAUCUUCCCUACGGAAUCAAGUACAUCUAAUGUGGCAUCGAAGUAUGAGGAGUUAGAGUGUCUAUAUGCAAGUGUUGGAAAAGUCAUCUAUGAAGGACUUACUGCAUAUGAAAAGGCAGCUACUGGUACACCUACUACUAGUCUAUUUGGUACAUUGAUGAUCUUGAAGGCAGCUUGUACUAACAACAUUGCUUACAUUGACCGCUUGAUAUCCGUAUUCAUGAGAGCUCUACAGAAAAUGACUCGAGAACAUCUAACACCAAGCAGUACAGAGUCAACUUCAUUGGCCUCAGAGCUUCUAAUCAUCAGUUUAGAUCUGGUUAAGAAUCGUAUUGGUGUAAUGAGUACUGAUAUGAGAAGGAACUUCAUUCAGAUCGUCUUGACUCAACUCAUUGAGAAAUCACCUGAUGCCAAGGUUAUGAAGACUGUGGUCAAGAUGGUAGAAGAAUGGGUCAAGGCCAAGACUCCUCUAUUGAUGAACCAAUCGCCAUCUCCCAGAGAGAAGUCAGUCUUAUUAGUCAAACUCAUGCAAUAUGUAGAGAAAAGAUUCCCUGAUGAUUCAGACCUUAAUGCACUGUUCUUGGAGCUUGUGAACUGGGUAUACAGAGAUGAGUCUUUGAUGGGCAGUGAAUUGACAUCAAAGUUAGAGCCAGCUUUCUUGGCUGGUCUAAGAUGCCAACAACCAAAGAUACAUCAAAAGUUCUUUGAGGUAUUCAAUGGUAGUAUCAAGAGACGCUUGUUUGACCGAUUACUGUAUAUUACAGCAUCACAGAGCUGGGAAGCCAUGGGAACUCACUAUUGGCUCAAGCAAUGUAUACAGUUAAUCAUGGCAGUUAGUGUAACUGGUACAUCAGUGACUAGUACCAACUCAGCUCAGCUUCCAUGUAUCUCAUCAGUUAUUGAUCUGGCUGACAGUCAAGACAAGAAAGCUUUCUCAAUAGCUAUUAACAUCAAGGAAGAACCAAUGGAUGUACAAGUAGAUAUGGAAUCCCAUAAAGAUGAGGAUAUUGAAAUAGACAUUGAAAUGACUCAUCCAGAGGGAGGAAGUACAACAGAAGGAGCAGCUACAUCUUCAUCUAAGAGAAGUAAUGAUCCUAAGCAGCAGUUACAGACAGUGAUUACUAAAGAUGCCAAGUUUAUUGAGUCACUUACUGAUGUCAAGACCUUCAACUUAUUGUCAGCUCUAUCUCAGCUAUGUCAUAGUGAUACUAACAUGACUCAUCAUCUAUGGAUUGAUCUCUUUAAACGACUCUGGAAAAUACUCAAUGAAAAACAACAAACGUUACUGGCACAGGAGUUGAGCCCAUUUCUAUGUAGUGGAAGUCAUUUAUAUCAGAAGGAUAGUACACCUAGUGUCAUAAACACAUUUGUAGAAGCAAUCUCUGUAUGUGUUCCACCAGUCACCUUACGCCCAUGUAUUCUUAAGUAUCUUGGUAGGAAUCAUAACUUGUGGCAUCGGUCAGCGCUGAUGUUAGAACAGAGUGCAAUAGAGAGCGGCUUCAGUACACAACAUCGACCACGGACUCUCAAUGUAUAUGACUUCUAUGAACCAGAUAAUGCCUCUACAACACAACAGGAGACCUUGGAUUCCUUAGCAGAGAUUUAUGAGAGGCUUCAAGAGGAAGAUAUGUGGGCCGGACUCUGGCAGAAACGCUGCAAGUUUCCUGAGACUUCAACUGCCAUAGCAUAUGAGCAACAAGGUUUCUAUGAACAGGCUCAGGCUGUCUAUGAAGGGGUGAUGUCCAAAGCCCGUGCUGAACAUAACUCUGGGCCAGCAGCUCCAGCAGUAUUCUCUGAAUAUCAGAUAUGGGAACAGCAUUGGAUUCGCUGUUCUAGAGAGCUAAGUCAAUGGGAUCUAUUGAUGGAUUAUGGCAAUGCUAAAGGACAAACUAAUCCUCAUCUAGUAUUGGAGAGUGCUUGGAGAGUGCCUAAUUGGUCUGCAAUGAAGGAAGCAUUAGCUCAGGUGGAACAGAGCUGCCCUCGUGAGAUGAAUUGGAAGGUCAAUCUAUAUCGAGGCUUCAUAGCAAUCUGCCAUCCAGAUGAAAAGAAUCUCACCCUGAUUGAGCGACUUGUUGAGAGUUCUAGCAGUCAAGCUAUUAAGGAAUGGCGUCGUCUACCAGACUAUGUAACUCAAGCUCAUACUCCAUUGUUACAAGCAGCUCAGCGUAUUAUUGAGCUCCAUGAAGCGUCUCAGAUUCAUCAAGGAUUACAACCAGCUAAUCUAGGCAGGAAUCAAAGCCUACAUGAUAUGAAAGCUAUUGUCAAGACAUGGAGGAAUCGUCUGCCUAUGGUGUCUGAUGACUUGACUCACUGGAGUGAUAUCUUUAUGUGGAGGCAACACCAUUACCAGGCUAUUGUGAGUGCGUACGACAACCUGAAUUCACAGGAUAUGAAGAGUCGUGCUGGUCUAGAAGCUAGCCAGACACCAAGAGGAAGUCUAGCCAAGGAGCAGCAGCAACAUGCCAUGUUGGGUGUACAUGCUUCAGCACAGUCUAUUAUUAACUAUGGUAAAGUGGCUCGUAAACAUCAUUUGAUCGGUCCAGCUUUAGACUCACUUAGCAGGAUCCACACAAUACCUAGCGUUCCAAUCGUAGACUGUUUUCAGAAGAUACGUCAACAAGUGAAAUGUUAUCUACAGAUGGCAAGUACGAUGGGCAAGCAGGAACUACAAGAAGGUCUAGAGGUCAUUGAAUCUACUAACUUGAAAUUCUUUACUCGUGAGAUGACAGCAGAAUUCUAUGCUCUGAAGGGAAUGUUCUUGGCUCAAGUUGGAAGUCGUUCAGAUGAAGCCAAUAAAGCCUUCUCUGCAGCAGUUCAGAUGCAUGAUACGUUAGUCAAGGCAUGGGCACUAUGGGGUGAUUACUUGGAACAAAUCUACUGCAAAGAUAGGCAAACUCAAGUCGGUGUGUCAGCCAUUGUAUGCUUUCUUCAUGCGUGCCGUCAUCAGAAUGAAACCAAAUCACGCAAGUAUUUGGCUAAGGUAUUGUGGCUGCUCACGUAUGAUGACGAUAACAACGCACACCCAUUGGCUGAAGCUGUGGACAAGUAUUCUGUUGGAGUUCCGCCCAUUCAGUGGUUGCCAUGGAUCCCACAGUUAUUGACGUGUCUGGUUGGAUCGGAAGGAGACCUCAUCAUUAAUGUAUUAAUGAAUGUUGGCCGAGUCUACCCUCAAGCAUUGUACUUCCCUAUUAGAACGCUCUAUCUAACAUUGAAGAUAGAGCAUCGAGAGAGAUAUAAGAGCAGUGAAUACCUGGGAAGUCUGCGUAGAAACUCCUCAACAAGUAAGCCAGGAGAUGGUACAACUACAUCCACAUCUACUUCAUCACAAUCCACAGAUUCGAAUGGAUCAGGAACUACAGGUGCCCAAUCUUCAUCUAACCAGCUAGGAUCAAGCUCAGCGUCAUCUAAUCCUGGUCCUAUUAGAGCUUCAGUCCCUAUGGUCAGAUGUAGUCGCAUCAUGCAAGUACAGCGAGAUCUACAUCCUAUUUUACUCUCAUCAUUGGAAGGUAUUGUGGAUCAGAUGGUAUGGUUCAGAGAAACCUGGAAUGAAGAAGUCUUAAGACAGUUACGAUUGGCUUUAGCUAAAUGUCAAGCUGUAGCAUUUGAGAACAGAGGAGCAGUUGUUGAAGCUAAAGUCACUCCACACACGCUAAGCUUUAUUAAGAAGCUAGUGACUACAUUUGGUGUUGGUAUUGAGAAUGUGAGUAGUGUAGCUACAACCUUCUCUAGUGCAGCAUCAGAAUCUUUAGCUAAGAGAGUCCAAGCUACAACUCAAGAUCCUGUCUUUCAGAAGUUGAAGCCACAGUUUUCUACUGAUUUUGACUUCUCAUUGCCGGGAGCAAUGAAGCUGCAUAACUUGAUCUUCAAGCUCAAGAAAUGGAUCAAAGUGAUGGAAGCAAGGACCAAGCUACUACCCAAGUUGUUCCUAAUUGAAGAGUACUGUCGCUUCUUGAGUAACUUCUCAUCAAGUACAGCAGAUGUAGAACUACCUGGUGAAUUCCUGACUCCAAGACACAGCCAUUACAGUGUCAAGAUAGCUCGGUUUAUGCCUCGGGUAGAGAUAGUACAUAAACACAAUACAGCAGCUAGGAGGUUGUACAUUAGAGGCAGUAAUGGGAAGAUUUAUCCCUACCUAGUAGUCAAUGAUGCAUCGAUGGGUGAUUCACGUAGAGAGGAGCGAGUUUUACAACUACUCAGAAUGCUCAAUAUCUUCCUGGGAAAGAGAAAGGAAACAACAAAGAGGCAGCUUCAGUUCACUGUGCCUAAGGUAGUCGCUGUAUCACCACAGAUGAGAUUAAUUGAAGAUAGUACUUCUUCUCUAUCUCUACUGGACAUCUAUAAACAGCGUUGUGCUAAGAACCAAGUGGAGUAUGAUGCACCUAUUAACCGUUACUAUAAACGCUUAGCGACAGUUCAGUCAAGAGGUUCCCAAGCUAGCCACCAAGUACUACGAGAUGUCUUAAAGGAGGUGCAGACUAAUACUGUACCUAAAGGAAUGCUCAAAGAAUGGGCCAUGCAUACAUUCCCAGAUGCAACAGACUACUUUGCAUUUCGUAAGAUGUUUACUACGCAGCUUGCAUUGCUUGGAUUGGUGGAGUUUGUAAUGCAUCUGACUCGACUCAACCCUGAAAUUAUUCAAGUAGAGAGGAACUCUGGACUACUCUCCAUCUUUUAUUUCAGAUUUGAUAUGGAUGAUGGAACAGGUGAAUUGGAUGCAAAUAGACCAGUACCUUUCCGCUUGACACCAAACAUCACUGAGUUCCUAACUACAGUAGGAGUGAAUGGCAUACUGACUGCAUGUAUGAUUGCCUCAGCAAGAUGUUUUGUACAACCAGCCUUCCAGACUCCUGCAUUACUCAGAGCUAUACUCAGGGAUGAAAUGAUUGCAUGGGAUAAAAAGCAGAAGCAAGAUGAUACAAGUGCCCCAGGAUCCCAGCUCUCCAAUAUGGACAGUGAUGUAUUGAUAUCUACAGUCAAUAAAGCCUGUAAUGCCAUCAUGACUAGACUACAGAAUCUUGCUCAGUUUGAAGGAGGCGAGAGUAAAGUGAGUACAUUAGUAGCAGCUGCAAACAGCCCAGACAAUCUGUGUCGUAUGGACCCAGCCUGGCAUCCAUGGUUAUAGUACCCAAUGGUACCCACCCAAUGGUACCCACCCAAUGGUACCCACCCAAUGGUACCCACCCAGUGGUACCCACCCAAUG